AUGCAGCUGGAAAGUUUCCUCCAGCAGAUCAACACCAAGGAAGAGCUGCUGUCCUGUAUCCUGGCUGCGCUUCCAGAUCGAACGUCUGAGUCGUCGUCAUUCACACAGUCUAACRGUGACAAAUGGCAGCAGGACGGGAAGAAAUAUCGAGUUUUAGGUGAUUUUUCUGCUCGUGUGUGUUCCAGCGGGGUGGGGUUAGCGCGAGCUCACUUUGAGAAGCAGCCGCCGUCCAACCUGAGGAAAUCCAAUUUCUUCCACUUCGUUCUGGCGCUGUACGACCGUCAGGGGCAGCCCGUCGAGAUCGAACGCACCACAUAUGUCGACUUUGUGGAGAAAGAAAAGGAGCCGAGCGGAGAGAAAACCAACAACGGGAUUCAUUACAAGCUGCAGCUACUGUACAGCARCGGUGUCCGAACGGAGCAAGACCUCUACGUCCGACUCAUCGACUCCAUGACCAAACAGGCCAUCAUCUACGAGGGCCAGGACAAGAACCCAGAGAUGUGCCGAGUCCUGCUCACUCAUGAGAUCAUGUGCAGCCGCUGCUGUGACAAGAAGAGCUGUGGAAACAGGAACGAGACGCCAUCAGACCCGGUCAUCAUCGACAGGUUCUUUCUGAAGUUCUUCCUGAAGUGUAACCAGAACUGCCUGAAGAACGCAGGGAACCCUCGGGACAUGAGGCGGUUCCAGGUGGUGGUUUCUACAACCGUCAACGUAGACGGCCAUGUUCUCGCUGUAUCAGACAACAUGUUCGUCCAUAACAACUCCAAACAUGGCCGCCGAGCUCGAAGAUUGGAUCCAUCUGAGGCAGCCACUCCCUGUAUAAAAGCCAUCAGUCCCAGUGAGGGCUGGACGACAGGCGGCGCCACCGUCAUUCUCAUCGGAGACAACUUCUUCGAUGGACUCCAGGUUGUCUUCGGCACCAUGCUGGUGUGGAGCGAGCUGAUCACGCCCCACGCCAUCCGGGUCCAGACUCCGCCUCGUCACAUCCCCGGGGUCGUUGAGGUCACGUUGUCCUACAAAUCCAAGCAGUUCUGUAAAGGAGCGCCGGGACGCUUCGUCUACACGG